AUGCGAUUGAGCAAGGAAGUUUCUGAAAAGAGCCAUCAACUAAGGCGGAUGAGAGGAGAAGAUCUUCGAGGACUAAAUAUAGAGGAAUUGCAGCAACUGGAAAAGGUGCUUGAAGUAGGACUUAGCCGUGUGCUUGAAACCAAGGGAGAACGAAUUAUGAAUGAGAUAUCUACACUUGAAAGGAAGAUGACAACCAUUUGUAAGGGAAAGAGACCUGUACUUGUCGAUUUAGACGCAACAGUUCAGGAAGAAGGGAUGUCAUCGGAGUCUACUACGAAUGUCUGCAGCUGCAGCAGUGGCCCUCCUAUAGAGGAUGAUAGCUCCGAUACCUCUCUCAAAUUAGGGUGA